AUGUUAUAUUUGGUCUGCCAUGGAACUGAUGCUUGGCCUGUUAUAAAAGGGUACAAGACUACAGAAAAUGGAAGGCAAGCGUAUCUUGAUCUGGUUGCCCACUAUCAGGGUGAAGGUCAACUCAAUAAGAGGCGCGACUCUGCCUACCGAGUCUUGAACAUGACCCACUACAAUGGAAAGAAGAAUUUUAAGGUUCUUGGUGCCUUUGAAGAUUUGAAAAAUUGUGUCAAUGGAAUGUCCGAACAUGCCAAGGUAACGAAAUUCUUGAGCACGAUCAAAUAA